CACGAGCCGGAAUGUCGAACCAACGAUCGACGGAAAAAUAAAGUGAGGUGGAUCGCUCGCGCGGAAAUUCCUCGAGGAUUCGUCCCGAAAGAUGGAUUUUAACGUAAAAAAAUUAGUGAAAGACGCGGGUGCCGCGCUCAGUAGAGUGGUCCAGCUAACCGAGGAAACAUUAGGAACAUCUGAAAAAACUGAGCUCGAUGCUCACUUUGAACACUUGGCGGAGCGAGCAAAUGCCACGAAAACCUGGACUGAAAAAAUGUUGAAAAAUAUGGAAGCAAUGCUCACACCAAAUCCUGGAAAUAGAAUCGAAGACUUCUUUUUCGAAAAAAUCGACAAAAGGAAGCCAAACAGACUCAGCAAUCUGGAGCACGUUGGUGUAGAUAUGAUAGAAGCUGGCAAUGAGUUUGGUCCAGGGAUUGCUUACGGAAAUGCAUUGAUCAAAGUGGGUCAGUGUCAACAGAAAUUAGGUCAAAUCGAAAGGGACUUCAUCAGCACUGCUGCAAAUUGUUACGUUCAGCCUUUGAGAAAGUUUCUCGAUGGUGAAAUGAAAACCAUCAGUAAAGAGAUGGGCAUCCUUGAAAUUAAACGACUUGACCUGGACGCAUGCAAAAGUAGAGUUAGAAAGGCACGGAGCAUGCUGGGCCAGCAGAGCGAUUCCGGAGUCUCGCCUGAAGUCCUGCUCGAUCAGGCAGAGAGGGAGUUGAGGGUGGCCCAAUCGGAGUUCGAUCGACAGGCAGAGAUUACGAAGCUACUCCUAGAAGGCGUAUCAAGUUCCCAAGCAGGACACCUUCGGUGCCUCCAUGAGUUCGUCGAAGCUCAAGCAAGACAUUACGCUCAAUGCCAUGCAACGAUGCAAGACCUUCAACGAGAGCUGGCUGGUUUGUCAGGAGGUCCUUCGUACCAUUUGAGUAGUGCACCGACCCAGGAAUUAUCAGUUGAAAAUGGCCAGGACCGUGCUAGAGUACUCUGCGAUUAUGAUGCCACGGACCCCGGUGAACUCAGUGUCAUGCAGGAUGAGGAUACUUCAAGAUCAAGAAAACGGAAAUGAUUUAAAUUGUCAAUAAUGACAGUCGUCACCACACAUGUUUCGGGGAAAGAGAUGAUGAUAUUAUUUUGUUGCGUAUGCCCAAUGUUAAUAAAAAAAUGUACAAAGCGAGCACUAAAAACAAUAAUUAGACGCCUUAGAAUUAUAGCGGACUUCGAAUAGAUCGGAGAAGAAUUUGUACAUUAAUUCAUUUUAAUUAACAAUCGCAUUAUGUAUAAUUUACAUCUUUUUAAUAAAAUAAUUACUUUAUCUGCCUUAUUUCUUUUUCUUAGCAUAGAAACGUUCAUGUUUAUAACAUUUCAGUUAAAUUUAGAAUAACUAACGAUUUAUUUAAAUGCUUUCUUUCGUUUUCAUUUUACCUAUGCUUGUUUAUUAUGACAGUGUAAUACUUAUCAAUCUUUACUAACCGAAUUUUAUUUCCGUUUAUAUCAUACUCAUUAAUUCCUCAUAGAAAAAAAUUGUUAUAAUUAAAUUUUAUCACUGUUUUUGUCACUAACACUGUAUUCAUUUUCUAGGUUAUAUAUAUCACCGAAAUUCCUGGGGAUAGCGACUACUUAAUGGGUGUUCGAGGCAACCAGCGUGGGAAGGUUCCGAAAGCAUUUGUAGAAAGUCUUCCUUUCCUCUAAAUAACAAUUAACUCAUCAUCUCAUCUUACUUCAUCAGUUUCCUUCUUUAAAAACCACCAUUAAACAUUCACCUCGUAGCCAAGAGUGUUCUGCAGAAUUAUUGCUUCGCAUGAAUAAGAGUCAAUAUAUCGGUGCCGUACUGUUCUCGUAAAAACACCGUAAAGCCUAUCUGUACAAAUUACUUUCACCACAUAUUUAAUAUUAUUCUUCUAGUGAAAUUCAUGUAAACAAAUUUAAUGUGAAAUCCCAGGUCUCGAAACUGGAUUUAUGACGUAGGAAGUUAAUUAAUUCUUUCAUAUCGCAGUUGCGAUUAGCUGAGGAUAUGUGAUUAAAUGUAUACUUUGACAUAUUUCUCAGUAAAUAUCUUAUCGAUCUAUUGUAUUGCCUAUGUAAGGUAAUUGUAUAGUCCUUGUGAAAGAGGAACAUAGGAACUCUUCCUGGUGACAUCGUCACUUAAAUAUGAAGCAUUGUGUGCACAAUUAUUUUAAAGCUCCAUUAGAGCGAUAUGUAGCCUAAACUGAACUGAGUAGUUUGUGCUUGGGUAAAAUAUUGUUAAUUGUCACUGCUAUAUACAAUUUUAAAAGGCUGUUUCAUGUGAAAGAGUUUACGAUACACAGUUG